AUGGCCGCAGAAGCAGUAGUGUUUUACCCAUCGCCGGCGAUAGGCCACUUGAUCUCCAUGGUGGAGCUUGGCCGCUUAAUCCUAACCCACCGCCCAUCCCUCUCCGUCCACAUCAUCCUCCCUCCGGCGCCGUACCAAGCCGACGCCACCGCGCCGUACAUCGCCGCCGUCUCCGCCUCCACUCCCUCCAUCGCCUUCCACCGCCUCCCUCCUCCUCCGGCCACCGCCGUCUUCCCCAAUUCGCCGCACCACGAGAUGCUCAUGAUCGAAACCCUCCGCCUCACCCUCCCCCACCUCCGCCGCAAACUCCAACAGAUCGUCUCCGAAUCCGCCGCCGUCCACGGUCUGAUCGUCGAUUUCUUCAACACCGCCGCGCUCUCCGUCGCCGCCGAGCUCGAAAUCCCCUGCUACAACUUCUUCACCUCCGGCGCCGCCUGCCUCGCAUUCUUCCUCCACUUCCCCACCCUCCACGGAUCUCACACCGAGAGCUUCGGAGACCUCGGCCGUACUACCAUCCUCGAGAUUCCGGGAGCUCCGAAGCUGCCGGCGUCCGAGGUGCCGAAGAUUCUCCUCGACCGAAACGACGACGUUUAUCGGUGCUUCCUCGAAUUCACCACGCGCUGGCCCGAAUUCGCCGGGUUGAUUGUCAACACGUUCGACGCGCUGGAGAGCGAAGCGGUGAGAGCGAUUUCAGCCGGUUUGUGCGUUCCCGACCUCCCCACUCCGCCGCUGUACUGCAUCGGGCCACUGAUCGGCGACGGCGGAGCGAGGAAGGAAGGCGGCGGCGCCGGAUCCGGCGCCGAUUGUCUUGCCUGGCUCGAUUCGCAGCCGAAGCAGAGCGUCGUUUUCCUCAGCUUCGGCAGUUUGGGGGUUUUCUCGAGGGAGCAGCUGAGAGAGAUUGCAAUUGGUCUGGAGAGGAGCGGGCAGCGGUUUCUGUGGGUGGUGCGGGACCCACCAUCUGGGGAAGACACGCGAGGAAACGCCGACGUUUUGCUGAAGGAUCCGGAACUGUCGUUGGAGGGUCUGCUUCCGGAUGGGUUUCUCGAGAGGACGGAAGGGAGGGGGUACGUGGUGAAGUCGUGGGCCCCGCAGGUGGAGGUUCUGGGUCACGAGUCGGUGGGCGGGUUCGUGACCCACUGCGGGUGGAACUCGGUGCUGGAAGCGAUUCGGGCCGGGGUGCCGAUGGUGGCGUGGCCGCUCUACGCGGAGCAGAACUUCAAUCGGGUUCUGCUGGUGGAGGAGAUUCGGAUCGCGUUGCCGAUGGUGGAGCGCAAUGACGGGAGCGGGUUCGUGGAGGCGGCGGAGGUGGAGCGAUGUGUCAAGGAGCUGAUGGAGAUAGAAGGAUCCGGGGAGCUAGUGAGGCGAAGUAUGGUCGAAAUGAAGAAUGCGGCGGAGGAUGCCCUGCGUAACGAUAGUGGGUCCUCUCGUGUCGGGUUAGUGAGGUUGGUUGACUCGUUGAUGCACCAACGAGUUCGCGAUUCGGGAAAACCUUAA